AGUCCCUACUGUUAAGGCCGUGCCUUAAUUUUUGUUCCAUUUGUCUCCUGCAUGACCAUGAUAGAAUAGCCCAUGUAUGCACUUGUGGUGGCCAUGUUGCUCACUCUAAGAUAACAAUCACGUGUCUUGUCUACAACUAGAACUAUAUAUUAUAAUUUUUUAUAUAUAAGGGUCUUCCUCGCUGUCACACACAUUGAUAUUUGGAAAACGUCCAUCCAUGGAACCGUCACGACCUUUGGCCGUUGAAAGUUUUUCAGAGAGUUGGCUAUCAGAUGCUGCAAGGUUCUCAUUUUUCAGUGGCUUUGAUGAAAAAUCCUUUGGAAGAUCUCCUAAGAGUACGUCCUAUGCGACCACCAUCGGUACCAGAAAAACACUGGCAAAUAGAUUUAAUGAAGAAUCCCACAACUUUGAUUUUGGCAUUAAUCCAGCUGCUUCUGAGUGUCAACCUUAUCUUGUUCAUGCAGAUGAACUUUUUUCUGAUGGCCUUAUUAGACCCAUAUUUGGUAAUCCAUUAGCGACACAAGUCUCCAAUUACACCAGAGCUUCCAAUAUUUCACCAUCCUUGCAUGUUUCUUCAAUUUCUUUGAAAAAUGGAAACCCGAAUAUUCAAAUUAGUUGUUGUUGGUACUUAGGAAGAUGGAGAAAAUUAGUAUCUAAGAGGAUCUUGAAAAAGAUUUUUGGGUAUCUGUUGGUUGUACCUUUUUGCCAUAAAAUAGGAGGUUCAAGGAAAAGUGUAAAGGUUGAUGAUAUCGGUUUGAGAACAAUGGAAGUUAGGAGCAUGAACAAUUCACCACAAACAUCUCCACAUCGAAGCAGAGUCAGAGUCUACUCAGCAGUUGAUUGGUAUGAUAGUGAGAGCUCAAUAAAUGAUGCAAUUCUGCAUUGCAAAAAAUCAAUAGGAAACUGAUCAUUUUCGAAUAGAAAGAUCAAAAGGGAAUGAAGGAAGAACGCAUUGAAGGAUUACUAGGAAAUAGUGGCAUAAAGACAAGCUAGCGGUUUUUUGUCCCAUUUUUCUGGCACUGUCCUUGUUGGUUGGUUGUAUAUCAGUAUAUGUGUACUUUUUGUUAUUUGAAUGACGCAGAACUAAAUAAUUUCUGGCACCAAAUUGCAUGAAAUGUAAUAUGAUUUUAUCGUUUUUAUUCGUAAGUUGUAAGACCUCCUUUCUAUUUCUCUACAGUUUGUCUCUUCCUUAAUUUCCACAUCCAAGCUCAUAUCUCUGUAUCUGUACUUUGUGUAAAUGGAAUCUUAUUUCUUUUCGUUA